AGUGCGCGGAUCAAGAUACAAACUAAUACAAACUAUCCGCCGCCAUGUUGUAUCUCCGCGGCCCGGAGGGACGUCCGGUCGUAAAUAGUAAAUGACGGUACCGCCCGCUGGGCCGCUGACUGGACCGGACCACUGCAGGACGCCAUGAGCCGCCCGUCCUCAGCCGGAGGUGGAGGACUGGGAGCCGGUAAAGCAGGCGGGGGAAAGCACGGAGGCUCCGGAAGCACCGCUUCUGCUGCCGCCGCCGCAGCCGCUGCCGCGGCCGCAGCAGUGGCAGCAGCCGCCGGUGUAGGCUCCGUUCCCGGCUCGGGUUCCGCCGCCGCGUCCUCCUCCGGGUCGCUGCCGCCCGUCGCGGCUCUCCCCGGUCAGCCCCCGGAGCUGACUGCGCUAUUCGAGUGCCCGGUGUGCUUCGACUACGUUCUGCCGCCCAUCCUGCAGUGCCAGGCGGGUCACCUGGUCUGCAACCCGUGCCGCCAGAAGCUGAGCUGCUGCCCGACCUGCCGCGGCCCGCUCAGCCCCAGCAUCCGGAAUCUGGCCAUGGAGAAGGUGGCCUCCACGUUGCCGUUCCCUUGCAAGUACUCUGGUUCUGGCUGCCUGCUGGUCCUGCACCACAGCCAGAAGGCCGACCAUGAGGAGCUGUGCGAGUUCAGGCCGUACACCUGUCCCUGCCCUGGAGCCACCUGCAAGUGGGCGGGGCCUCUGGAGGCCGUCAUGCCACACCUGAUGCACACGCACAAGUCCAUCACCACACUGCAGGGCGAGGACAUCGUGUUCCUGGCGACGGACAUCUCGCUGCCCGGUGCCGUGGACUGGGUCAUGAUGCAGUCCUGCUUCAGCCACCACUUCAUGCUGGUUCUGGAGAAGCAGGAGAAGUUCGAGGGCCACCAGCAGUUCUUCGCGGUGGUUCUGCUCAUCGGCGCCCGCAAGCAAGCCCAGAACUUCGCCUACCGCCUGGAACUCAACGGAAAUCGGCGCCGCCUCACCUGGGAGGCCACGCCCCGCUCCAUCCACGACGGCGUGGCGGCGGCCAUCUUGAACAGCGACUGCCUGGUGUUCGACACGUCCGUCGCUCACUUGUUCGCCGACAACGGAAACCUGGGCAUCAACGUCACCAUCUCCAUGUGCUGAGGACGACCCAGUACCGACACGACCCGGUCCAAAUUGGGUCUGAUGUAAACUGUUGAAAUAAAAGUUCUGGUGGUUCUGGUUCAUUCAAUGGUCUGUCAAUCAGAACAGUGUCCAACUCGGAGACAGAACUGUUUCAGUUUGUUGGACCCAUGCAGCUGGCAGAAACUUACGGGUUGAUAGCCCAUUUCUCCAGGGUUCGGUUCUGAACAGACAGAACUCUGACUGGGCUCUGUCACAUGACCUUUGACCUUCUGUUGGCAGAACUUCUACAUCAUCAACUGGUUCCAGCAAAAAUUCUCUUAUAGGUCAGCAGGGGACGGAACCAGUUCUGGUUCUGGUGUUUCCCUUCAGCGUUGAGAGGAGAACCAGAACCCCUGAGAUGACUUCAGGUUUGCUGCAAAUCAGAACCACUGGGUCUGGAUCAGUAGAACCAUGUGUUCCUGACUGUUCUGAAGGGCUCUCAAGCCAAACCGGACCAACCCUGGGAUUGGGAGGUUGCUGGUUCUGAUCCAGCAGCGAACAGUUCACCACCACAGCCUUACUUUUCUAACGCUGCCCUCUUUCUGUGUUGCUGAAGUUCUGUUGAGACCCGCUGGACCCGGAGUACUGCUCAGCUCUACAGAACCACCGAGACAGAACCAGAACACAAACAGUUCAGGUUGACUAAUGAUACCUCAGAACUCCUCCAGAACCCCUCAGAUGGCGGGAACUGGACCCUGACUGCAGCUCAGGACAUGCUGGUUCAGCAGAAUCUGCAGAUUUGGGGUCAAAGUUCAAGCUUAGAAUAUUUCAAGCUACUAUAGAGAUCAGUUUAUGUGAGCAGAAGAAGAAACUUCAGCAAAUUCUUUUGUUAUUAGGGCCUUUAAACUUCCUGCUGAGGCCGGAGUGAAACCUCCGGCCCUUUAAAUCAUUCCAGGUAGUUAAACGUCACAGACACCAUCAAUCAACAUAUGAAUGUAAAACACCUUGAAUACAUCAAUAAGGAAUAAAAUCUACCACCAUUACACUGUCAGGGGUUCUACUGGCUGAGGCUAGCGUAGCAUCGUUAGCAUGCUAGCUGUUCCAAAUAAAUUUCUGAGUGACGAGGAGAUGAGCUUCAGAUGUUGAACAUAAACUCUGUCCUUUAGUUGGUCUAUGAUUUGGUUAAACUGGUUCCGGGUCAGUGUGCUGGUCCAGUCCUCGCUGAGAUAAUUUGAAUAACAUCGGAUUGUCAGAUUCAGAUAGACCCGUCUGAAUCCCUUCAAACACUCCUUAUGGAAAAUAACUUAUUUUUCUCUGUUUAAAAAAAAAAAACAUAUCAGGCGUCCAAAUGGACAUUAAAUAGUCAGCUCUGACCUCAGAACCGCCCCAGUUUGGUUGGCAAGCGAUGAGAGAUGCUAACAUUGUUAGCCUGGAUGCUUGGUGCAAUAAUAAGGAUUUAUCAGAACUUUUUCACUUGAAACUGAAAAAGUUGGCAUGACAUCAAAGACUGACUUCUUGUUGAUUUAAAAUGAUACUUUAUGUUUCCUUAAGCCCGCCCAACGCUUUAUUCUGAUUGGCCAGUUUAAAACAACCUACAGAAAAAUGUGUGAAGAAAUUAUUUCCACUGUUUGCUGUCUGGAGGUAGAUUUAUCUUUUUCAGAUGUUGUAACCAAAUAAAAGAGUGAAUAAACAAUUAUUUUAUUUGC